AUGUUUAGCUCAUUACUAUCUAAACCAAAACACUCCGUUUAUACCAAAUCCAUACAACUAGAUACAAAGAAGAACACCAAUUCCAAGGUCAUAGUGGUACCGAAUACUUCAAAACAAACUCAAACUAUUGAUAAUCAAUCAACUAAAACCAUAUCGAAAUAUUAUCUCAAUGAUGAUGGAACAUUGAAUUACAAUCUAACAAUAUCUUCUGCCAACAACGAUAGAAAAUUUCAUAGCAGUUAUGAUGACACCAUACCUUUGAAGAAAAAGUUUCCUAACCUCAAGCACAGUUUUCCUAAAUAUCAUCUCACUAACAGUUCUGAUGACUCGGUGAAAACUUGUAUAGAAGAUACAAAAGCUAUUAUCAAUAAAAUUUUACAGGAGAAAAUGGGUAAUGGUGAGGAGGUUGACGAAGACGUCAUUAAAUAUGAAACAAAUAAUGUUGAGGAAAGAGGUAGAGAAAGAACUAUUCAAAUUAAACAGAAAUCUAUUGAUCCAAUGUUACCACCUAAACACAAAUUGAGAAAGAACAAACGACAAGAAACUUCACCUCCACCACCAAUUUUGAAAACCUCUGAUGUCAAGGCCACCAAAGAAGAUCAAGAUAAGUGGAAGAUUCCUAGUUUAGUGUCGAACUGGAAGAAUGAUAAAGGGUUUAUUAUUUCAUUAGAUAAAAGAGUAAUGACUACCAAUAAACCUGAUGCCUCCAUUAAUAUUGAAAAAUUAAGUAACUUAUCAUCAGCUUUGGACCAAGCAGACAAACAAGCAAGGGAAGACAUCAAAUCUAGAAAUGAAGAAAGAAAGAAGUUGGCAGAUGAUCAACAAAGACAAAAAGAUUUGAAAUUACAAGAAUUAGCAGAAUUGUCCAAUAAACGGAAGUAUCAUGGAGAUGAUAGAUAUAACAAACGAAGGAGAGAAUAA